UAUUCUGUCUCACUUGUACUUUGAUCUCGUUCUUUUUCUAGCUGAUGCGGCAUCACACUUUGGAGAAGUCGACUAAAUUCUCUGGUUAUCGAUCUACAGUCAACCUUCCGUCCUUCCUUAUUUUUUUACCAGAGUUAUACCGGUUUAAAAAGACGGCCUAGGUGAAUGUGAUGAAUGGAGCUCUUGCUGAUUGAGCUAAAGAAAAAUAUAUGUAAAAAAGUUUUACGCUUCUUAAGCCUCAAUCGAUCGUUAGUAACUGAUGUAUAUAGAAGAAGGUUGAAUGUGUAUAUGUAGAUAGUAUAUAGACAUAUGAAAGCGGAAAGAGAGGAUGAGUAAAGGUGUAGUGAGCGAGAGGAAUGGACGAACAAGAUAGAAGGUGAUACCGAUAGAGUUCAAAGCUGAUAAAGUCACAGCAACAGUAGCACGUGUACUUAGAUAUUUUGGAGUCCAUAUUUAAUUAAAAGGCUAAAUGGCAUCAGAGAGUGAAAAAAAUGAGCAAAAACGUCCGCAAUUUGGAAACCGAACACUGAAAGAAGAUGACAACGUAUUUCAACACAAUGCGUGGGACAACGUUGAAUGGGAUGACGAUCAACAAAAAUUGGCCCAAGAAAAAGUAUCUGAAAAUUCAGUAGUCACUGCGUCAGAAGAAGAACUCGAGUUGUAUGAAAAAAAGGCGAGCAACAAUUGGAAUAAAUUUUAUGGGAUUCAUCAGAACAGAUUUUUCAAAGACAGGCAUUGGCUGUUUACUGAAUUUCCUGAGUUGGCUCCGUUUAAAGUCAGAGAUGACUUGAACGUGCCCGAGAAAGUUUCCUCAGAGACAAAGGAACACAAUGAUGAGGAUAAAGACUUUGAAAAAAAUUCAGUUACUGAACAACGAAUACUAGAAAUUGGCUGUGGAGUUGGGAAUACGAUUUUUCCUAUUCUUGCUUAUAAUUCAAAUCCAAAUUUAUUUUUGUAUGGCUGUGACUUUUCUUCUGUCGCUGUUGACAUAUCGAAGUCACACAAAGACUAUGAUGAGUCACGGUGCAAAGCAUUUGUAUUAGAUAUUACUCAAGAUGACUGGGAAACGCCUUUUGAACCCAAUAGUUUAGAUAUUGUCAUGUUGAUAUUCGUCUUAUCAGCAAUAAAACCGGAUAAACAAAUUCAUGUGAUAAAACAAAUCCAUCGUUAUUUGAAACCCGGGGGACUGGUUCUCUUACGGGACUAUGGCAGAUAUGAUUUGGCUCAGCUGAGAUUUAAAAAAGGACGAUGUCUUGGGGAUAAUUUUUACGCCAGAGGUGAUGGUACUCAGGUGUAUUUUUUUACUCAAAAAAAUUUGAAAGAUUUGUUUGAGGGGUGUGGUUUUAAAGAGGAACAAAAUGUCGUUGAUAGACGACUGCAAAUUAAUCGCGGUAAGCAACUGAAAAUGUACCGAGUUUGGAUUCAAGGAAAGUAUCGGAAAAUUGUAUAGAAAAUUUGAAUUAUAAAAAAAUUUAUUUUAAACUUGUGUUCAAAAAUUUUAAAUUGUAAAUUGGAAUAAGUUUUUUUUUAUUAGCAAUGAAAAAUUAGGACAUUAAUUAUUAUAAUUUUAUCAAUUGGAUUAGUAAUUAAUUUUUUUUUAUGAGAUAUUCAUUUUGAUUUUAUGUAAUAUUAAAAUUAUUUUACACUGUAAAAAAUUGAGGGUGUAUUCGGAUUGUAUUUAAAUUCGAAUUCACUUGAAGUUCCGGAGUUAUAGAAAAAAUCACUUUGAAUACGGAGUUUAUUUUUUCAGCGGACUGAUUUUGGGGUGAUCUGGAUUUUUUAAAAUCUGCAUUAAUUCCAGUUCGGUUAAUAUUAAAAUUAACUCCUUUUCAAGAUUAAUUUUACUGCGAACUAUUUUCAAUAUUAAAAUAAAUUCCCCUUCGGAGUUAACGUCACUCCGAACCGGAGUUUUAAUAUUCAAAUAAAUUUCCUAUAAGAGUUAAUUUUACUGCGAACCAGAGUUUUAAUACUAAAAUAAAUUUCCUUUAGGAGAUAAUUUUGAUGUGAACUGGAGUUUAAAAAUAGUAAUAAACCCUUUCGGAAUGAAUUUCACUGCGAACCGGAGUUUCAAUAUAAAACUAAAUUCCCCUUUGGAGUUGAUUUCACUCCAAACCGGAGUUAGAAUAUUACAAUAAAUUCCCUUAGGAGUUCAGUUUACUACAAGCCGGAGUUUUAAUGUCAAAAUGGAUUCUCUCUAGGAAUUAAUUUUACUCCGGACCAGAGUUUCAGGAUUAAGGCCAUUCUUAGACAGUGCCCCCCCCCCCCACUUUUUAAAAAUUUUCAAUAACUUUCAACUACCAUAAGCGUAUCAAAUUUUUAUCAAUUAAUUAAAAAAAAAUUAAAGCAUUAAUUGAAAAAAGGACAACGUAGUCGUAAUUUUACCGCUAUAUAAAUUUUACAAAAAUUAUUUACACCUGAUAUCAAUUAGGAGUUAAACAAAAUUCAUUAAAUAAAUUUCAGUAAAAUCGUCAUGUCAAUUUUAUAAUUAGAAUUUUUAAAUUUUGUUGGCUAAAAUUUAAUCAACAAAUUUCGUUUAACUCCAAAUUGAUAUCAAUUGUAAGUAAUUUUUUUAAAAUUCUAUAUCUCAACGAAAUUACGACUACGUUGUCCUUUUUUCAAUUACGGUUUUAAUUUUUUUUUAAUUAAUUCAUAAAAUUUUAAUACGGUUAUGGCAGUUGAAUCAUUGCAUAUUUUUAAAAUGUGGUGGACACUGUCUGAGAAUGCCCUUAAAAUAAACUCCUCUUCAGAGUAAAUUUGACUCCAAAGAAAUUAAAUAAAUAAACAGUCACCGCUUCGCAUUCACUCCGGAUUUAAUCUGCUUUCACUCCUAAAAUUUUUUGCAAUGUACAAAUAUUUAAUGUGUUUUUUAUUUAAUAACAAUUAAAUUUGUAUUUUAAAUUUUGUAAUAAAAUAAAAUUAUUAAUAAU